AUGGGAGUCAAGAUAUUUCCAUUGCCAGAACGAACUGUUGCUGCCUAUAAAACAGCUUCUCCGUUGCACUCUCGCUCGAAAACUCACUUCAGUAACCCAAAGAACAAAAGCAAAAGCAGAAAAUUUAUGGCAGCUUUAUCAUUUUAUCUGCUGCUUACUUGGAUAUUCCUACUUUCCCUCUUCCGUGCUAGGUUUGCUGAGGAACUAUGUCAUGCGGAUGAGAGCUCCGCCUUACUGGAAUUCAAGAGAAGUUUCAGAACCAACACGACAGAUAGGCGAUGCGUUCAUCCAAAGGUCCAUUCCUGGUCACUGGAUGGAAGUGGAGACUGUUGUUCAUGGGACGGCAUCGAAUGUGAUGCUGCCACCGGCCGAGUGAUUGCCCUUGACCUCAGUAGCAGUUGCCUCUCGGGCACCUUGAGUCCCAACACCACUCUCUUUCGGCUCGUUCACCUGGAGUUGCUCAAUCUCGCUUUCAACAGCUUCAACUUGUCCUCAAUCCCUUAUGGGUUCGGCAAUCUUUCGAGGUUAAAACACCUUAAACUCUCCAUCUCGGACUUUUCUGGUGAAAUCCCUCACGAUAUCUCGCAACUCUCGGAGUUAGUUUCCCUCGAUUUGUCCACUUCUUUGCCCGAGACACUUCAUUUGCCCAACAUGGGCAACAUUGUUCAUAACUUGACAGGGCUAAAAGAACUUGAUCUUUCUUUCGUAAGCUUGUUGUCACCUAUCCCUCCUGUGCUAGCGAAUUUCUCUUCCCUGACAUCGCUUAGGCUUGUACAUUGUGGAUUGAAUGGAGACUUUCCGGUCAGCAUCUUUCAGCUGCCAAACUUGGAAGUCCUUCGCAUUGCUGGAUCGCUUCCCUCUUCAUUGGGUAAUCUUUCUCAUCUCACUUCGCUGGACCUGCCGGGAAAUAACUUGCGAGGUCAAAUCCCUGUUUCCUUUGCUAAUCUUACCCAGCUACGGUCUCUAUGGCUCUCUUCUAAUAACUUGAGUGGUGAUACUUUGGAGUGGGUGGUCAACUUGACCAAACUUACCUACAUGGGCAUUUCAGGUAAUCGGUUUAGCGGUGAAUUUCCAUCUUCGUUUGAGAACCUGAAGCAGCUGGCCGUGCUUGACCUUUCUCGCAAUGACUUGCACGGUGAUAUUCCGGGCACAUUAUGGAAUCUGAAGUGUCUUCAAUGGCUUAGCCUGGAGUCGCUUAAUCUCAAUGGCGUUCUCGAUGUAAAUGAUCUAUUCAAACUCAAGAGCUUGAGAAGCCUACAAUUGUCCUUCAACAAUAUAUCAUUCACCAAGUCAUUCAUCACUGCCACCACAUUGAAGCUUUCCGACUUAUCCUUGGAUUCAUGCAACUUGACCGAGUUCCCACAGUUUAUAGGCUACUUAAGCAAAUUGAAGCGAUUAGACCUACCACACAACAAAAUCCGAGGGACCAUUCCUAGCUGGAUGUGGAAAAAUAGCAAAGAAUCUCUCAAUUACAUAGAUCUUUCUCACAAUCUUUUAACCGGCUUCGAAAACAACCACACCGAUCUUCCUUUCCCGAGCUUGGAGUAUCUUGACGUUAGUUCUAACUUGCUAGAAACAACCCUCCCUGUCCCACCUCCCUCGGUCGUGCUAUACAGCGUCUCCAAAAAUUUCCUAUCUGGGCAAGUUCCAACUUCCAUUUGUGGAGUGAGCUCCCUUGCCGUGCUUGAUUUGUCCGACAAUUCUCUGAAUGGCACACUUCCUCCUUGUUUGGGUAGUAUUGCCCCUUUGAUUUAUUUGAACCUUGCGAGAAAUAAAUUCAGCGGCGUGAUUCCCCAUGUUUACCCCGAUGGUUGUGCAUUGAAGAUGAUCAACCUCAGAGAAAACCAACUAGGAGGGAUCGUUCCCAUAUCUUUAGGAAAUUGCAGAAUGCUGGAGUAUUUGAAUCUUGGUGGCAACCAAAUUAAUGAUACAUUCCCAUUUUGGCUAUCGGAAUUGCCCUACCUAAAAAUUGUUGGCUUGCAGUCCAAUGAGUUCCAUGGUCCCAUAGAAGGUCAUGUAAGACAGCUUAACUUCACCAGCUUGCAGAUCCUGGACCUUUCCAACAACAACUUCAAUGGUAAACUUCCUUCCAAGUUGUUACAGAGUUGCCGCGCCAUGAAGGUUACCGUCGGUCAAGAUGAGUUGGCAUAUAUGGAUAUUAAUCAAUGGCUUGAUCUGUCUUCUACUUUGGUCAGUGGAAGUAUGAUAACUUACGCAAUGACAUUGAUGAAUAAGGGCAUGAAAAGGGAAUAUGUGAAGAUUCCAGAUAUCCUUAUGGCAAUUGACCUCUCCAGUAACAAGUUUGAAGGUUUCAUUCCUGAACUCAUUGGAGAUCUGAAGUCUCUUCGUAUACUCAACCUUUCAAACAACUUCCUCAAUGGUAGCAUCCCUCCGUCAUUGGCAAACCUGACAGUGCUUGAAUCUCUGGAUCUUUCCUUGAACAAUCUCGAGGGAGAGAUUCCUCAACAACUAACUAGCCUUACAUUUCUUGCGGUUUUCCAUGUCUCUCACAAUCAACUGUCGGGACCAAUACCACGCGGAACACAGUUCGACACAUUUGGGAGCUGUUCCUUUGAGAUGAAUGAGGGGUUGUGUGGAAGUCCUCUGCCAAAUAAAUGCACAAAUGGUGAUAACGCUCCACCACCACCAUCAUCUUUUGACGUAGAUAAUGAAGAAAAGUCUCUAUUUGAUUUGGGUUGGAAAAUCGUGCUAGUUGGCGCCGGAGUUGGGUUUUUGGUUGGUGUUAUGCUAGAGAACUUGAUUAUUGACGAGAAGAGUAGGUGGUUCUUGCACUACUCCAAGAGAAUGGCAAAAGGAUGUCAAAGGGUAAGGAAAGCUCUGGCAGAUAGGAAAAUAUGCAGCUAG